AUGAAUACCGCGGGUGUAGGCCUGGCGGUUACGCCAACCGUCAUAUCGACGUUUCUGGGUCACUACUUGAACCGGAAACUCGUGGCCCACAAACCCACUGCGCACCUGUCCUACGACGAGGGCCUGCACCUCAUCCGCUCCUUUCUGGCCCACGCCUCGCGUCACACUGUCGAGGAACUCCAAGCCUUCACGAGCCAGUGGGUACCACACCCGCAAUGGGUGAGGGUUGACCACAUUGAGAUCUCCGCGAGCCACCUCACGCGCGCAGCCGACCUUCUCGCCGAGCAAUUGGGUCCUGAUGGCCUCCGCCAGGUCGGCGGCAGGGAAUGGUGGCAAUGGCGCAGGCCCAAGAACCCGCUCAAGGCCGAAUGGAUCGAGAUGAAGGCCGACUACCAGGAGCGCAAGAAGAACACCGAUCCGGGCAACCGCGUGAUGCUGUAUGUCCACGGUGGCGCGUACUAUUUCGGGAGUGUAGACGAGCACCGUUACCAGAUCCAGCGCCAUGCGCGCAAACUCAAGGCACGCGCCCUAGCCCCGCGGUACCGGCUGUCGCCACAGUUUCCCUUCCCGUGCGGCCUCCAGGAUUGUCUGGCGACCUACCUCCACCUGCUCACACAGCAACCGGCGAACACUGUUGUCCUGGCCGGUGAUUCUGCGGGAGGUGGCAUGGUCCUGGCGCUGUUGGUCGUCCUCCGCGAUAGGGGCAUUCCUCUGCCCGCGGGCGCCGUGCUCAUCAGCCCAUGGGUGGAUCUCACGCACUCGUUCCCAAGUGUAGCAGGCGACUGUCCACUGGAUUACAUCCCGGCGUCUGGGUUUCACCAUAAACCGUCGCCAGCGUGGCCGCCUCCUAAUGAAGACGAGCUGGAGGAGCUGAAGAAGGCGGCUUUGGCGCAGAAGAAGAAUGAAGUGCCUGUGGAAGGGAGCGGUGUACCGACUGCCGAGGAUGUUGCGGAGGCUACUCAUCGGUUGGAGUUUGUCAUCGAUGGUGAGAAUGUAGAGAUCAAGGAGCAGAUCCAGAUGUACACGACCAACGAGCUCCUAGCCCACCCUCUGGUUAGCCCCAUCAUGCAGCCUUCCCUCGGUGGUCUUCCCCCGCUGCUCAUCAUGGCUGGAGGCGGCGAGUUUCUGCGUGACGAGCAGAUUUAUCUUGCCCAUAAAUGUGCCAAUCCGUCAGCGUACCUCCCGCCUGAAGCGUUAAUGGAUGACAAUGCGCGGGCUAUGGUCGACCGGUACAAGCCUACCGAUGUGCAGCUACAGGUCUGGGACGACAUGUGCCAUGUUGCGCCGACCCUGAGCUUUACUAGGCCGGCCAAGUACAUGUACCGGAGCGUGGCCCAGUUCUCUGCCUGGGCUCUCGCAAGAGCCCAGAAGGUUGAGGUUGACAUCCUCAACGACGAUGCUAUCUCUAUCAUUUCUAUCUCGACCUCUUCGAGUGAGACUGAUAGCCAGCCGCAAACCCCACGAACCCCCAAUGGGUCUGAUAAACCGAGUCAUCAUACCAAAAUCGGCAAAGCAGGCGAUCCCCUACCGCCCUUCGACGACCACAUGAUCCGUCAGCGGGUGACCCGCCACGGUGACAUCCUCGCUCUCCCCGAGCCCUCGGAGCUUCCGGCUUGCCUCAUGGCGCGCGACCUCGUUGGCGUCGUCAAGGUCGGCACCGUGCGGAAGUGGCUCGUACAGAAGCGUCGCUGGGAUGCUCGCUUCAAGCAGGCCAAGGCCUCCGUGCACAAGCAACGCCUGCGUGAGAUGGCCGUCGGGUACGAGGUAUUCGGUGAGGGAGAGGUCCCGCCGCCCACCGCGCUGGCCGGGCGCAGGAAGCUUGGUGGCAAGGAGAUGGAUAAAAGGAAGCGGAAGAAGGCCAAGAGUUUGGGGAUGUCGCUGUGGGCGCUGUGGGGUUCCAAGCAUGACGAGGCGACGAUGCAGCGCGAGAAGCAAGCUGUUAAGACGCCGGAGUUGCAAGCUGCCGGGCCGGAUCAGGGCCAGGGGGCAAGGCACUUUUCGGAUAUCGAGAGACAGGAACAAGAGGCUCGUGAAAAGGGGGGUGCACAGGUACCUAGUCAAGGGAGCAAGGCCCGGACAUGGAGGGGUAUGGUUAGUAGGAAGCGGACCGUUGCCGAAACCGCUGGUCCUGCCACGGCGGCUGAUAUCGGGGGUGCCACUGGUGAAGAACCCGGCCUUGAUCUUCGCCCCGCAGGUCCAGUCCGCGACACUGCCACCGGUACCAAUUCCGUCCCUGCCAUGGGGACCACCACCGCUUCCCCCUCCCACACAACCGCUAUCCCCACUACCGACCCCGCCAAUACCGCCGAAACCAUCACCAACAACACCCUCCUCUCCCCCUCCGACGCGCUCGACACAGGCGUUAGCGGUAAGCGAGUCAUUAUCGGCGGCCUGGCCACACCUUUCAGCCUGCGCAAGGAGCCCGAGACGGCGAGCAUGAUUACCCUGGCCUCGCCCGGAGAUCGGUCCUCGAUGCGGCUAUCGACGGCGGACUUGUCUAUGAAGGAGGCGAGUGUUAAAGAUGCGAGUAUUAAAGGUAAUGGUGAAGAUGGUGAUGACGACCCGACGCCGGGGGUUACAACGCCGUUUACACCCUUUUUUACCCCGGGGACACUGGGUGGAGAUAGACCGAUUUUGGAGAGGUUUGUUACGGCUGAUGAGGGGGUGCAGCAAAGUGCUUGA